AAAUUCUCACAAGCAAAGAUAUGAAACCCAAUUUAUUAGUCAAUGUUGUCGAACUAUGCUUUGAAUUUAGCAGAAGUUCUUCAUAAUUAAAACAUUGCACUUCUUCUCUCUAGAAUCAUAUGAUUAGGACAAGAGUGUAAUUUGCAACCACACAAGAAUUCAUUGACUAAUAAAGGAAAGUCCAACAUUCAAAGUUUCAAACUCAUCAACUAACAAUCUCAAAUCUCAAAUUUCACCCAUAACAUUCUUGCAUUCUUCCAUUCUUCCAUAAUCAAAACAAAGGAUUCAAUGGAAACCACCAUAGAUGAACCAGUUACGCCGGCGGGCCGCCUCUUUCUACAGCCAAAUUUCUACCAAAUCAUCAACUGUGCAUUAGGCUUUAAACACCCACUUGAUAUACAAUCCAUAAAAUCAGAAAUCUCAAACUCUUUAAUGGUGAAACACCCUAGAUUUUCCAGCUUAUUUGUAGUAGACAAACAUGGGAGAGAAUAUUGGAGAAGAACCCAAAUCAAUUUAGAUGAUCAUAUAAUCAUUCAUCCCAAAAAUAAUUCAACUUUAGAUUAUAAUUUAGAUGAUAUACAAGAGGAAAAGAUCAAUGCUAUAUUAUCAGAUUUUGCAGUUUCUUCUCCUUUAAGUAAUGAAAAACCCUUAUGGGAGGUACACUUGAUAAGUGAUUUAAGAUGUGUUGUUCUUAGAAUUCAUCAUUCUUUGGGAGAUGGGAUUUCUUUGAUGUCGUUGUUUUUAGCUUCAUGUAAGAGUUUUGAUGAUGAUAAAGAUGGUGGUUUUAGUGAGAAAAACAGAGGAAAUAGGGGAGAAAGUGAAACAAUGUUGAGAGAAAAUUGGUUGAUGAGAAUAUUGAAGGUGAUUUUUUGGACGAUAAUUUCUGUGAUGGGGUUUAUUGGUAGAUGUUUGUGGGUGCGAGAUAAGAAAACUGCCGUAAGCGGCGGAGAUGGGGUGGAACUGUGGCCGCGAAUGGUGGCGACGGCUAAGUUUAGUCUCCAGGAUAUGAAAACUGUAAAAACGGCCAUUCCUAAUGCGACCAUCAAUGACGUUCUCUUUGGCAUUAUAUCUUUUGGUUUUUCGAAAUAUUUGGAUAUUCGAUCAUCUCAUGCUUUACAAGAGGGUCUUCAAAUUACAGGAUUAGCCAUGGUUAAUUUAAGAAAGCAACCUGGAUUGCAGGAAAUGUCGAAGUUGAUGGAAGAUGAUGCUAGUACAACCAAAUGGGGUAAUAAAUUUGGAAUGAUGAUCUUGCCUGUUUAUUGUCAUACAAAAGAUGCGGAUCCUCUAAAUUAUGUGAAGAGAGCUAAGGUGAUGAUUGAUCGGAAGAAACAAUCUUUAGAGGCUCAUUUCAGCUACAAUGCAGGGAGCUUAGCAAUGUCCUUCUUUGGGGCAAAGUUUGCCAGCAUGCUUAAUCACAGGAUUCUUUGCAAUACAACGUUCACGAUCUCAAACAUGGUCGGUCCACAAAAGGAAUUGUCAUUUGUUGGCAACCCCAUCACAUUUAUAAGAGCAACCUCUAGUGGAUUGCCUCAUGCGAUAACUAUGCACAUGGUGAGUUACGCAGGGAUGGCUAAUAUGCAAAUUCAAGUAGCAAAAGAGAUUAUACCAGAUCCUCAAUUUUUGGCUAAGUGUUUCGAAGAUGCCUUGCUUGAAAUGAAGAAUGCUUCAAUGAUUAUUGUACCCUAAACAUCGAAUUGAUGAUACAGAAUGAUCAACAGUAUACUGAGAGUAAAAUGAUUAAGAAUGUAUAAAUGUACAUCUUGUAAGAUGCAUCAUGCACUCACAAUUAGAUUAGUUUGUCAUAAUAGAAAGCGAAGGAUACCUAGUGUUUAGUACUUCCCUUUCGAUUUCAGGAGGUCCUGGGGUCGAAACUCACCUUUGGCAAGUUGGGAGUCCCUUUAUUCUCCCCAACUUGUCAAGGUUUCUCCUUAUCUUAUUAAAAAAAUAGAUUGUCAUAAUAAUCAAUUAUAUCAUUCUUUGUUGUAACUUUCUUUGUUAUUUAAUAAGAUAUAUAUCGAGGUUUUUCUUUAA